AGGCGCUGGCGGAGCUCCGUACGCUGAUCCUCCUCACAAGGAAGGUCGCGAUGCCUACGGCGGCGGGGGCAGAUCCUACGACGACCAUUCCAAAAGAGUCUGAGAAGUUAUGGAGGACCUCAAGGUUUGGAGACUUGGAAGCCCGAAUUUUCAACGACGGUCUUCGACAACGUGCCCUCCCCGGCAAGAUUUCCCUUUUUCUGUAUCACCUCCUUCCUUCUCUCUUGGUUGCGACUCUCGAUUUCUUCGGCUCUGUGCAGCACAGCUUCUCGGCACAUCAACAAAAGUUACGGCUAUCGGUCUGGGUUUUCGGCACGGCGAGAAUGGGGUGAGGUGCUCUUCGACACAGCAUCGGCACCAAAUUGUACUACUAUGCGUUUCCCCCGCCUUCGUCCGUUUCUUCAUCUCUCUAGUGAGCUUGGCCGCCGGCAACCUGGGUGCCAUUCACGCCUAUCAGCAGAUGAUCGAGCAUCGGCAGUGGGAGGCUGCAUACUUUCCUGGAAGGACCCCUGGACAGCACUUGUCAACUGCGCCCUCACUGUAAACAAGAAUCAGCUCCCUCAUCCACUCAGCAUUUUCACAACUGCCUUUGUACAACCUGGCCGUCUUCGGACUUCAGUCCAGAUCAGCGGGUUUAAGAUACCUAGCCAGACCAAUUACAACAGCUCUGCAACAUGCGCAACAUAAUGACUUGCGGCAAGCUCAAGUCGCCGGCGUAACCUACAACGUCCUCAGAAUAGC